GCGUUUUUGUGAAAAUAAAAAAGGCCCGUGCCGGAAGAACCCGUGCCAGAACGAUGGAAUAUGCCAAGAGAAUGGGAAGGAGUUCAAAUGUGCCUGCGUGGAAAACUUUUACGGCGACACUUGUGAGAAAGAAAAAGUUGUAUGCACGACUAGAAACACCGAUAUCUUGCUGAUCAUGGACGACUCUCGCAGUAUCAAAAAUUCAGAAUUCACACAGAUGAAGAAAUUCAUCAUCGAUUUAGUGUACCGUUUCAACAUCUCGCGGGAGCAAACUCGCGUGGCCCUCGUGCAGUUCAGCAGUAAAAAAUUCACUAGAGUGGAAUUUUAUCUCAAUCAAUAUUACGACAAAGAAUCGCUUAUGAAUCGCAUAAACAGUUUGAGACAGCGCGAUGGCGGUUCAACGUACACGGAUCAUGCCUUGAGAAUGGCAAGAGAUCAGGUAUUCAACGGUAAGAACGGCGACAGACCGAAUGUACGUGACGUCAUUGUUUUGCUGACGGACGGUCAGUCGCAUGACAACGACGCUGCGAUUGCCGAAGCUAGGUUGCUUAGAGACGAUGACGUCAGUAUCAUUUCGAUCGGUGUUGGGCAAGGUGAAGAAAAGGAAAAGUUAAUCAAAUUUCUCACCUCGCUAUCCUUCGGCUCCGACUACGUUUUCAAAGUUAGUUUCGCAAAUCUCGAAACAAUCAUCGAUGGCGUGACUACAGCCGCUUGUGAAAACCUUCAAGAAAUGUGAUGCCUAAUGUGGAAACACUGCAGCGAAAUAGAAUGUUGCCUUAACGUUUUCUUCCAAGACUUAGAAAUUAUGCUUUAUAGUGGUUUUCGCGCUUUUACGUACGCGUAAGCGCAAUUUUAUCCUUCUAAAAAUUUUAUUACGGAACAUAGAAGGUUGUUAAUGUUGUUUACAAAAAUACGAAUUUUAUUCAAGCGAAUAAACAUCAAAACUGCUUAA